UCUCAACUUGCCAAUAAGGACUCAUCGUGUAUAUCGCCUCAGGCAUACGAAAGGAGUUUAAUAGGCAGCUCUUUUGAAGAAGGUGAUGUUUCUUCUUUAUCCUCUCAGGAAAAGGGACGAUUAUCGCGGAGAGCAAAGUGUUGGUAA